UUAAACCACAGUGUGACCAAACAGUUGAAAUUAUACGGUGGAACGCUAGUGAAAACAACCGGAAGGUAUUCGUGUUGUGUAUUAGAAGUGGUGUCGGGGGCGUGUGUUAUUGUUUUUGUAGUACUACAGACGCCAAAGAAACGUCUGUCUCCCGCCGGUAUUCUCGGCGGCGAAGGUUCAUUUGAUUAAGUGGAAAUAAACAGCUUUGAACUGGCGGAAAACGUGGAAUUGCUGCCUGAGUCGGAAGAAGUGACUCAGCCAGAUGUUCAGAUUCAGAUGGAGCCGGAAAUAACAAAACAAUCUCUGUCACUAGAGCAAGAUGACUAUGCUCCAGCAGAAGCUGGACCAGAUCCCUCUGCUCCUGUUACACGGAGAGGGGUGUUCACUUCAUUUCUUACUGGGAAGCCAAUGGACAUCCCAGAACAGGAUGUGCUUGGAAGGUGUCGAUUUGUGUCAGAAUUUGAAAAACUGAACAGAAUUGGAGAAGGAACGUAUGGCAUUGUUUAUCGUGCAAGAGAUACAAAAUCAGAUAAAGUGGUUGCACUGAAGAAAGUUCGAAUGGAACAUGAAAAGGAUGGUUUGCCUGUUAGCGGCCUUCGUGAAAUUUCAGUGUUGCUGAGUUGUCGCCAUGAGAAUAUAGUUCACCUGAAAGAAGUUGUUGUUGGAAGGAGCCUGGAAAGCAUUUUCCUUGCAAUGGAGUACUGUGAACAGGACCUGGCUAGUCUACUUGAUAACAUGCAGGCCCCUUUUUCUGAAUCGCAAGUAAAGUGUAUCAUGUUGCAAGUUUUACGAGGCCUGCAGUACCUACAUCGUAAUUUUGUGGUACAUCGUGACCUUAAAGUUUCAAACUUGCUGAUGACAGACAAAGGAUGUGUAAAAAUAGCUGAUUUUGGACUAGCACGAUGGUUUGGAUUACCUUUGCGACCAAUGACCCCUCGUGUGGUAACACUGUGGUAUCGUGCACCAGAGUUGUUGCUACAGGCCCGCACACAAACUACUUCUGUGGAUAUGUGGGCAGCAGGCUGUAUAUUAGGUGAACUAUUGGGCCAUCGACCAUUACUGCCUGGGCGUUCAGAACUUGGCCAGCUUGAGCUUAUUGUGGAUCUUUUGGGAACACCUUCUGAUGCCAUUUGGCCAGAGUUCUCCUCUCUUCCAGCUCUACAGAGCUUUACUUUGAAGCAGCAGCCCUAUAAUAAUUUAAAGCAGAGGUUUCCAUGGCUUUCUGCUGCCGGGCUAAGGUUACUAAACUUCCUUUUCAUGUAUGAUCCCAAAAAAAGAGCUACAGCUGAAGAGUGUCUACAGAGCUCUUACUUCAAGGAAGCACCACUUCCAUGUGACCCAAAACUGAUGCCAACAUUCCCACAACACCGGAAUCUUAAGCCUGGAAAGCCAGGUGAAAAUCCAUCUUCGGGUUCAGCAGCUGCUGGAAACAGUGCACAAGACCCAUCUGAUCCAUCAAAAGCAGCAGAUUGCUCACUUCAUUUGCCAGCAAUUUCAGAUCUGCUUGGUUCAUUGGUGAAGAAGAGGCGAAUUGAGUGAUGUGCGACAGUUGACUUUAAUCAGAAUGCAAUUGAGUAUUUUGUUAAAUAAAAUUCUUCCUUGCUCAGACUGAAUAAAGCUAUGUUUUAAAGAGUGGGCAUACUA